ACACACCUUCUCGCCAUUUUCACUGAGAGGCAGUCGUGUGUUCAGAAAACCAGGAUUGGACUCAGCAUAGAUACAUAAAUUGUAUUUUAGCACAAACAGCGUUUCGCCGGACGGAUAAACAGGACAUUUGUCAGUCCAAAACGGUCGCAACAUGUCGUCAGAAAACCUGGACUCAGACACUCAGAUUGACUACGAAGACGAAAAACAGGAUUCCCAGGAGAAGAACAGCAGUCCCAUCAAGUCUGAGGAAGCCAAGCUGAAGGCCAAAUACCCCAGCCUGAACCAUAAGCCUGGAGGCUCUGACUUCCUUAUGAAGCGGCUACAGAAAGGGCCAAAGUACUUUGACUCGGGGGACUACAACAUGGCCAAGGCCAAGAUGAAGAACAAGCAGCUCCCCGUGGCUGGGCCCGACAAGAACCUGGUGACCGGGGACCACAUUCCCACGCCACAGGACCUGCCCCAGAGGAAGUCCUCCCUGGUUACCAGCAAGCUAGCCGGCUAGCCUCCACGAUCUGAGGAACGCCCCCUCAACCAUCGGCCCCCCCCUGGGGCUCUUGAGAGCUGCUUGCCACCCCCUCACCUUCACUUCCCAAGAUGUCCGUCUUCUCACGCCCUCCCUUCUCCCCUCCUCAUGCUCCUCUCUUUCAUUUAUCUUCUCCCACUCCUCUCCCUUCCUCUUCCUCUUCCUCCUCCUCCUCCUCCUCUUCCUCCCCCGCUGAACCCCACAGGCACUCCUUGGCUUAACAUAUCAUAUUUAAGCUCCAUUUGCGUGUGUGUCUGUUUGGCAGUGUGUGUGAGUGAGUGGGAGAGAGGAGAUGCAUCUGCGACCCUACACUGUCCCUCUGACACACACACACACACACACACACACACACACACACACACACACACACACACACACACACACACACACACACACACACACACACACACACACACACACACUCCUCCCGUAACCGUUGUUCACAGUAGAGUGGCAUCAGGGGGUUGGAUGGGGUGAGUCAAUGCACUUUGUAUACUGUACAGUCAUUGUUUAUCGUUUCGAUGUUGUUUUGUUUGGUUUUUAUUUCUGGGGGAUUUGUUUUGUUUUGGAAUUGUUCUAAUUGCAUCCUCCAAGAUACCAAAAUGACUAUGUAUGUAUAAGGGGAGGGGCUGUUUACCUCGUGCACUCCGACGUCUUUGGGACGGGCGUCUUCGUGAUUCAAAUCCCUCCAGUUGGGUGGGAUUGGGGGGGGGCAGUGAGUGGAGAGUGUUAGGAUUAUUAUUGGUAGUAUUCUGUUACUUUUGUUUGUAAUAAUCGCUUGCAUACCAAAACCUGUAAGAGGCUGCUGCAUUAGUGGAGAGAUGUGUUCUGACUGGAAUCAUAGUGGGAAUGCUGCAGAAGAAACGGCCCGGGGCUCUCAUCCUAUCCUGUUUCGCCGACUCUCGUCGAACAGAUUCACCUCCCGCCUCGCUCUCUGCAGCUCCCCCAAACAGGAGAAAGCCCCCCCCCCCUAAUGUGUCUGUUGCCACUGCUCCUGUGUCUUCACUCCCUUUUGACUUUUAUCUAGAGAAAUCUGCAUGUAGUAAGAAACACACAAACAGAAGAUAAGAAGUAACUAUUGAGGACUAGCAACUGGACGAUGUGAAUGCACAACUCUGCUGGGUCCUGGUUGGCCGUUUUCCCUUGCUGCCCUGACAAUCCAUAAACACACACUCUUCUUCUACGCUACCAAGGCAUUCCAAUUAGCUCUCUGUAUCCCAACUAAAAUGCUCACUUGCAGUGGAGAGGAAAGUGGAUGGUUCACUGAUAUUUGUUAACCUGUUUUUGGUGUUAUGGAUACGGAUGUGGCAUAUCAAUAACAUUAGCUGGUGUCACUUUCAAAAAGGUGCUGCAUGUUUCCAUGGCCAGUUGUGCCGAUGAGAAUUUACUUGGAUGGGAGUUGUUCAAAAGUCCAAAAGUCCACUAGUUUGGCAAUGCUAGUCAUGCACACAGGUCCCUUUUUGGAAAGAAUCCAUCGCAUUAAUAAUAAGUACUAGGAUUGACUCUCGGUGAACUGUCCAUUUUAACUCUUGGUUUGGUGGCUUUUAUCACAUCAAGACGUGCGUCUGCUACGAGCGUAAAGAAUUAAUAGUGUGUGUACUUCUGUAAAUAUUUGAAGCGUUGUAAAUUAAUUUGUACAUCUUUACGGGCGUUCAGUUUGUCCUGAUAAGCGGUCCUUUAAAGCAUCUAAACCAUGCCCGGCUGUCCCGAUAGUGGUAGCUCCCUUAAUCCGGGAGUCUCCCUUCAUAAUCAGUGGUAGUAGUCGAAGUAUCCUGUGCACUCUAGCUAGAUUUAAGACCUUUUAUCCCUAUGUCGUUUUUUUGCCCCUGCCCGAUACACUCUCCUCAGCUCGCCACUCUCGCCUCUGCGGCCCGCUGAACACACAGGUUCUCUGAUGUCACCGCAACAGCAAACAUCACAACAGGGGUCCAGUUUUAGCGCAGAGUAUGCGAUCGUGACCGCAAGGCUUAAAGUAGACCACUGCAUGCUCGCAGGGAUACUCUCUUGGCGAGGCCCAAGGGAUUCUAUGACAUGAGAAGGGCAGGAGGGCCGUCUAGGAGCAUGGCUGGGACCUAUGCGUGGCAAGACAUUGGUUGAUAAUAUGCUUCAAAAACCCGGACGGAUAGCGAGGUAAAGUGCUCCAAUGUAUCUGCAAACAACUAUGAAUGCAUGCUGCCCACAGCCUCCAAACCGUAGGACACCGGUUAUCUCCAAGUAUUGCCCCAACUCCACCCCCACCCGUACGUCUUAUCUUCAGGGGACGGCCAUAAACCCCCACUCUACCACCACGUAGGACACAGUAGAACUUGGGGGCAUGCACCUUAGGACCUUGCCUAUCACGUCUUCUCUCUAGGACUUUUGAAUUGUGUCUAAUAGCGGCGAGUGGAGGGAAAAGCGAAAUGUUAAACGGGAGGGCUUUAUUGGAGGUCUGAAUGUGCUGCCGAUUCUACACUGUUAGUAAUACACUAUAACCGGGACAGGUUGGUUAAAUUUGUUUUAUUUUUUUCUCCACUACUUUCACUUCUUCCCCAUGAGCUGAUUUGUGGUUCCCCUCCCCUGCACUUUCAGCGAGACACACCGUUUCUGCUUUCUGAACAGCAGGGGCUCUGUGAAUGGCUUUCUCACAUGAGUGUGUGGGAUGUGUAGUUCUGUACAUGCUGCUGCUGCUGCAGAUGUGGCUGACAGCCAAUUUUGAGCAACACCUGUAUCCUCUAUUUGUACCCGUCAAACCCAUAUUCUCUCCCGAGUCUCUUAAUCCUCCUGCCACGUGGUUCAGUCCCUUCUCUAAGCGAAAGUGACAAUAUAGGAAAUGGAAGUUCCACCCGUGGAUCUCUGAUUUCAAUUCAAUUUUCAAUUUGAUCCCAUCUGAUCUGAGUAGAAAUUACACAACUCCCUCACUGCCCAAUCUUCACAUCUGAUCACCGGAACUUAUAGCGUUCAAAAGCGAAAACUAUUAUUACAUACAAAAGGCUUCACGAUUACUGGGGCAGGAUUCUCAAAUGCUACUACAUGUGGACUGUUUGGCUUUGUACGAAACAAUUCCAUUAGGCAGGGGGAUUGUGGGGUAUGUUUAAAUACCAAUGUCUUAUUUCCUGUUCAAAUUGAAUUAACGUGCCAGAAAUGUAAAAAUAAAUGACAGACAAUGUGCUUUGAGGUACCUUGUGCUGCUUUUACCUGAUCUGUGUUCAUGUUGUUUUGCCUUUUAUGAGUAAACAUCUAAUUUUUUUCAGGCGUUCUCUUAUUGUGUGAUUCCUAUAUUUUUUAUCCCAUGAUAUAUGCAGGGAUUUCUACUGAUAAAUUAAUGAGGAAUAUAUGAUAACUAGGAUGUCUUGAGAACGCAGGAAUGAUUUUAAGAAUUUGGGAGGUGCAGGGCUAAUCAGAAUGUUUUCCUUUGUCUUUGGGAAAAAGAUCCAGAGUUCUGUCAGUAUUUGAAAUAAACUUUUACAUUGCGAUAUUUGUGUUGUUUAAUUGU